UUCAUGCUCCAAACACACACAAAAAAGUCGUGAAACACUGCGCUGUCCCAUCCUAACAAACGCUUAACGCCUUCGAGGAUUUAGAGAGAGAGAGAACGCGAGGUUGAAGAGAGAGAGAAAGUUUGGCAAUGGCGAUUAUCUUGCAGAUCUCGAAACCCUAACUUCUCUCUCCGAAGAGAUUUUCUCUCUCCAUUUUUCUUUCAUUCAAGAAAUCCUUUCUUGUUUUCUGCGUCGAUUUUGAGUUCGAGAUCGGCGUUUUUUGGCGGUUCGAUUUCUUGGAGACUGUUCAUUUUUUACAGACUUUUUUUUUUAUCAUCACCAUUGAUUCUUUGAAUUUUUUUUUCUUCGCAUUAUCUUUUCAUUUCUCUUUUUUUCCGCAUUUGAUUGAAUUCGCGACUUUCGCAUUGAUUCCUUCAUCUUUCUUAAAGUGUGAAAACGAGAGAAAGUGACGAGAAAAAAAAACUUUUCUGCCGAAUAAUAAUAAUCUCGAAUUUUCUCAAAAUUUUCCAUAUGAGUUCAAAAUUUGAGUUCGUUUAAACCUUAGUUUUCGCCUGAUAAUGGAGGACCGAGGUGGUUCUUUUGUUGCUGUGCGAAGAAUUUCUCAAGGUUUAGACCGCGGUUCUUGCCAUUCGAAUUCCGCUGAGGUUGUUGCAGGAUCAACAGCUUGGCUAGGUAAGGGUCUCUCAUGCGUUUGUGCUCAAAGACGAGAUAGUGAUGCUCGACCGUCAUUCGAUUUGACUCCGUCACAGGAAGAGUGCUUGCAACGGCUGCAGAGCCGUAUAGAUGUUGGCUAUGAUAGCUCAAACCCAGAACAUCAGGAAGCUUUGAAGGCGUUGUGGAAUGCUGCCUUUCCAGAUGAAGAACUUCUUGAUUUAGUAUCUGAACAGUGGAAGGAAAUGGGAUGGCAGGGGAAAGAUCCAUCUACAGAUUUCAGGGGCGGUGGCUACAUAUCUUUGGAGAACUUGUUAUUUUUUGCUAGAAAUUUUCAGAAAUCAUUCCAGGACCUUCUGCGCAAGCAGGAAGGAGAACGAGCUAUGUGGGAAUACCCAUUUGCUGUAGCUGGUGUGAACAUAACAUUCAUGCUGAUCCAGAUGCUAGACCUUGAAGCAGUAAAGCCACGAACACUGGUUGGAGCAAUUUUUCUAAAGUUUCUUGCUGAGAAUGAGUCGGCAUUUGAUCUACUGUAUUGCAUCACAUUCAAACUGCUUGACCAUAUAUGGCUUGAGAUGCAUGCUUCAUACAUGGACUUCAAUUCGGUGAUGAAGGCUACGCGUCGUCAGCUUGAGAGAGAAAUGAUGCUUGAGGACAUUGUGCGGCUUGAAGACCUACCAUCAUAUAGCCUUCUCUCUAAAUAGGUAGCUUCAAGAAAUUCAAGAUGAAAUCUGUUGGAAACCUUUAUACCCUUAUUCAAUUAGUACAUUCCUUCCACGGGUAUUUCUCUGGCUUUAGGCCUAACUGGAUGGUGCUGGUCCCAGAAGAUUUGGUGCGCCAUCUUCACAACCCGAAUUCAUUGUCAGUUUGGUUUUAGGAGAGUGCCUUUUCAGGUUCCCAAGAUCAUAAAUCAGCAGUUUUAGUACCUAACUGAAUUGCUUUAGGUGGCCAGUUUUAUCUUGUCGAUGAAAAUAUGCCAUAUUUUAGGGCUUGGGUUUUCUUAAUUGGAUGUUUCAUGUAGUUGCUAGUUCGUGCAUCUUUCUUUGUAUUUUCAAGAGGCGAGAAUGUGAAUGUUAAAUAUCUUGGAAGCAGGAGCAACUAGCACUUAUCUGGCCUGAAGGGCGGAUGGUAUAUGUUCUGCUGCCUUUUGAAAAUUCAUGAUGAUGGAUGCAAAGUGAUUAAGAGGCACUUCUGGCUCAAGAAUAGACUCUCUUAAUGAAGAUCAACUGUCGACCUCUCAAUUUCUCUUUAGUGGAGCAUCUCUUGAUUCUGAAAUAGAACUCUUUGCUCAUACAUACGUAAUCCUAUUGUGUCAUCCUUGUAUUGUAGUACGAAUGGCGAACAGUUAAGCUAGAACAUCAAGAACAUGCUCAUUCCCAAUUAUCCGGUUAUUAGUGUUGGUCUUG